GAUGAGCAGCUCUGAGCUGGUUUUCCUCUGAUUUUUCUCAAUUUAUUCGGGGUUUUUCUUUGUUUCCUUGAUUUUUAUGGCCCUCGAUAAGCGGUCUGUGCGUCACUGGCUAGACCUCCCGAGCAGAUCCUUUACCAUCCCCUUGUUAUGUUAUCGCACCGGUUGCUGUGAGGAGUCGUUGAACGCCCAAGACGUCACCUAACUUAGGUAGCAAGCAGCAGGUGGUGCUACCAUUUCGAGUGUUAUGUGUUGAACAUACCGUCUUCAAGAGAUUAUCUGCAAUAAGGAGAAUGCCAGUGAAAUUGUGCAGAGUCGAGAAGCUCACUCAGGGCAUAAUAUAUCUUGUUGGAGUUGAUGACUAAACUAUGGUUGUUAAGAGAGACCUUUGAAAGCGUUGUUGGUGGCUAGUUUUUUUUCAAUUGUAAGUUUGAGAUAAUGGGGUUUCUAGAGAAUUUAGAAUUCUAUCUCAAAAUGUCGAGAAAGGAGCUUCAACAAUUGUGCAAACAGAAUGAUCUUCCUGCAAAUAGGAGUCAUUCUCAAUUGGCUAAGUCCUUGGUUUCACACUUACAGAAAAGAAAUGCUGUUUUGGUAGCUUCACUGGAAAAAUCAGUUUAUUUCAUGGAUGGAUCUUCUAAGAACCCAUUUGCAUCAGAGUCAAUCACUAAACAAACAAUCAAUUGUCCUGUUGAAUCAACCACAGGUGACAAGCGACUAUUAUGUCAGCUUGAUAGCGAGAAGGAAGUUACUGAGUCUGUAGUCAAUAUUACAAAUGAGAAGCCAGAAACUGUAACAAAAGUUUUUUGCCCAUUAUGGCCUGCAAAUACUAAAGAGCAGAAAUAUAUCCAGGAUAUUGUUCCAUGUAGACAUGAUAGGCCUCAUGAAUACUCAAUGGAAAGUGGGUUUGUUUCUGGUGAUGAAAUUUUGACUAGAAUUCCUCCAUUUCAAUUCUUUGUGAUGUCAGAAGGUGGAAUAGAUUUAUUUGUUGACUUGAGUUCUAGCCCAUUGGAUUGGAUCAAUAGCCUAAAAGAUGAUGUGUGUGUUCAUCAAAAUGCAAAACUUCAUGAAUCAAUGGCUCCUUCCGAAGACAUCAGUAAUUUACCAGAAGCUGAUGAUCAUAUGAACAUUUCACCAUCUGUUAAUACUGGGCUAAACCUUAAUGACACUGAAAUUGAGAGGAACAGUGGUUGUACCAAUUCAUCAUUGAGUUCUGUUGUUAGUGAGAACUGUAAUUCUGAGGCUUACCCACCAGAUACAACUGUGGCGACAUCUGGAUCUUCUGUUUUAAUAUCGGGCAGUGUCCCUGCUGGGUCAUCAGGACUUUUGGAGGAAAUCCAAGUAGUUUCGUCCUGUGCACCGUACACAGUCCAAAACCACAUGGCAUCACGCAUUGCAUCUUGCCCCCCUGAAGAGCAAGAAUCUGCUAUUGUUUCCUUUGCAAUGGUCAAGAGCAAUGCAUCACUAAGCAACAUGCCUCUUCAAUCAGCUGCUGACAUGGGCAAUGGGGUCAGUGAUCCUGUUGCAGUUGGUGACUGCACUCGUAAAACUGCAUCUGUUAAUUUUGUUGAUUGCGAAGUUGAAGCUCCAUAUAAUACAGAAUCUGAUGUUGCAGACAAAGAUAACCUUGCAUCAGCAAAAGAAAUGCCAGAUAAUAUAGACACAGAGAACUAUGCUCAUAAAAAUCAUGGGGGAGCAAGUGAGUCAUUUACAGAUUUUAUAAUUGAGCAGCCAGACAAUACAACUCACGGGAAGUUGUCAAAUUCGUGUCAGCAUAGUGGACAGAUGGUACUGGAUAGUUCAAUGGCUGAUGCACAAUCGGAAAUCGGGACAGUGGAUCUUCCUUUCUGUCAGCAAUCAUGUACUAAUUGUGAAACAUUGGUUACUGAGGGAUCAAUAUCAACAUUUCAAGAUGAAUCGGGUCAUAGUACACCAAUGGAGGAAAAGGAUGCCUCAGAAUGCUCUAGAAUCCCUUCAACCUCAGCUGACACUAAGAGACCUAACAACUUAGAGAAUCCCAAGGAUCCCCAUGUUAAGAGGCAUCUUGUUUGUGACAAAAUCAUGAGUGUAGAGAUUGUCACAAAAUUAAGAAACAGCAGAAGUUCAGCAAAGAAAAUUCUGUCUGGUGCUAUAGUUCAGCCUAGGCGGUCCACAAGGCUUGCUUCUAAGUAACAAACUUCCACCUAAAACCCUGUACCUGUAUUUUGUUGGACAAACCGAAGAAAACAACACUGACCGAUUGAUCCAGCACUUGCCCCUAUCAUCAAGGUGAUUUUAGGUCAGGAUGUUACCUUGUAUAGUUUAGAAAUAAAAUUCAGAUGCCAACAGGCUGCAACAUUGUAAUCUGAAGUUUGUUGAGUCACAGCAUCUGAAAGUGGAUUUCCAUUUUUAACCUUUAAGACCCUGUCUCUUCGGAUGGCAAAAGGAACAACUCCUAUCAAGAUCAACUUUAUAUUCUUCCUUGUCCCAGAUUCUUCACAUGGCAAAAGACCCUGUUUCAAUUUGUUCAACAUUCAUACAUAUGAAUCAUAUUUCAGUGACAAUUAUUGGUUGUUUCAUUCUUGAUAGAUGAUUAUUGUAACAGUUUCCUGUAUUUGGAUAGAUCAUCAACCUGUUGGUAGAUUUUCAUUGCUU